AUGAAGCCCAUAUAUGCAAAUGCCAUCCUGCUGGCGGGGACAGUCGUCUCGGCCAUCAAGAAUCCCAUACUCCCAGGAUGGAACCCAGACCCGGCCAUCCUCCGGGUGGACGACACGUACUACAUUGCCGUCUCAUCCUUCACGUACUUUCCCGGCGUGCCCAUCUAUCGCUCCCGAGACCUCGCCAACUGGGAGCUCGUCUCGCAUGCCCUCCAGGAACCCCAGCAGCUCCAGCUCAACGGCAUUUCUUCCGGCAACGGUAAGCCCCAUGUCCUCGAGGAGAAUUUUCAUGCUGAGGAUUCGUUUUCAACAGGUGUCUGGGCGCCUGGGUUUUCGCACAUCGAUGGCCGCUUCUACAUCACUUCGAUGACGCGCUGGGGCGAUGAUCCCGAUAACCGCACCUGGCCGCGUAUCUGGUGGACGUCCUCGGAGGAUCUCGAGACGUGGACGGACCUCGUUUGGGCGGAACCGUACGGCAUCGACCCGGAGCUGUUCCGUGACCCCGACUCUGGAAAAACGUACCUUCUCCUCAUGGGCCCGAAUAACAACCACGACCGCGUAUGGGGCAUCACCCAGUGUGAGGUUGACCUUCGAUCCGGCAAGUGUACCGGCCCAUACUUCAACACAUGGAAUGGCACGUUGCCGCAUGAUGCAAAAUCUCGGCCAGAAGGCCCCAAAAUGUUCAAGCGUGAGGGGUGGUACUACUUACUGCUCGCCGAAGGUGGGACGAGUACCGGACACCGGGCGACCAUCGGCAGGUCGAAAAGUCCAGAGGGGCCGUGGGAGGCAGCGCCAAAUAACCCUCUCAUCUAUAACGGAGCAGACCAGACAUUGACUAUUCAGUCCACGGGACAUGCGACCUUUACUGAGACGCCCGGUGGUGCGUGGUUUGCUUCCCUCCUCGCGAGGCGCAACGUCAAAGGUGCCUCGCCGCUAGGGCGUGAGGCCUUUCUCGUCAAUGUGACAUGGGCCGAUGGAUGGCCUACCAUGAACGGCGGACGGUACCUUUCGCCAAGCCAGUUCACAAAGGGGAACGUUGUUCGGAAGCCUUGGAUCGAAAAUUUUGAGGGCGCAAAGCUCGACCUCAGCUGGUACCAGGUCCGAACACCAUAUACAGAGAACUAUCGUCUCCUCGGCGCGGCGGGCAACAGCACUGGUGGAAAGAUGACGGGCGGCCUCGUUUUCCACCCAAACGUCUUCACUCUCAGCGACCGGGAUGUCCCCGCAGCACUCUUCCACAAGCAAACGUCCUUGAACAUGACGUUUUCGGCGACACUGCUGCCUACUACGGGCGUUCUCGGACCACGACAGCAGGUGGGUAUCUCGGCAUAUCUGAGUGAUGUAUCGCACCAGGACAUUGGAUCGACCGAAUGGGCUCUCAACACAACAUCUAUCCCUUCAGAUCUCGUAUUACACAUCGACGCCAGCCCCUUCGUCUAUUCCCUCGGGUACGCACGCGGUAAUAGUGAAACCACUUGGUUAAAGCAAUUCGAGACCAGGCAAAUGGCCAACGGCCAGGGUUACUCGGUUUUCGAGGGUGCCAUGUUUGCGCUUUUUGCCAGCGGCGCAGGCGAGCCUUGGCCCUUUGACGCGCCGGAUGUGGGUUUCGGCAGCGUUGGGGAGGUCUUUCGUCAAGAAAACAUCCCGGACUUUGACGACUGGAGUGGAUAG